GAGGGUUUAACGCAACGCGCAAUAACAUUUCUCCAUGCAAAACAACUGGGAAAGAUCCGGGGCAGGAAACUAAUUUUUUUUCUUUCUUGGACGCCUACCUUUAAAUGUUUGCGCAGUUUAUGACCGCAGCAAAGGGGCUAUUCAAUCGAUCGACGGAAUCCUCCAACGGAAAAAGCACACUUGCCCAAAAACUCGCCUCGGACAGCGUCGUUACUAGCGCCGCCGUUAUUACACCGAAGAAGAAGAAAAUGGUCACAGCCACUAGACGGCGGAAAUUUACCGCCGAGUCGUCCGCGGAGCCUGAAGUCAAUGGAAUUGUAAAAACGACGAUCAACGGGAAGCGCAAGUCCGACGCCAGCACCAGCACCAGCACCUCCUCCUCCAAGAUGCAGAAGAGCAGCAAACGGCGAAAGCGGGGCACCAGUCUAGAGGACGUGCGGGAAUCGGAGGACGAUGAGAUGACUACCACCACAAUGACGACAACGACUACUGCUAGCAACAAGAAGGCGAAGACGGUGGAGGAGGAGGAGGAGGAGGAGAAGGAUAGUGAUAGUGAGGUCCAGGAGGAGACGCCAGUUGCUGCUGCUGCUGCUGCUGCUGCUCCCCCGUCUGUCAAGAAGAAACAUUUCCGGUUCGAUAGCGAAGAGCCAGAAGUGCCCGGGAUGGCGGAGGAGGACGCUGCGGAGACGCCGCAGGGCUUGGGUGCGGACGAGGAGGAAGAUAGCAGUGACGAUGAGGCUCCCGAGGCCGUUGAUAACUCCGCGCAACUGUCCAAGAUCCGGAUGGAGGCGAAGAGACAGGAGAGGGCUAAGCAAAUAGAGGAGCAAUUGAAACGAGACAAGAGGAAACAACUCGACGAUCUACGCAAGCUCCAGGCGAAGUCGGCCAGCAAGAAACGAGAAGCCGAGGAUCAGCUCUCAGAAAGCACCGAGACCCUUCAGGGUACCACGACAGAAAGUGCCCGGAGGUCUGCGCUCCCCGCUCUGCUCCCGGACGAUAUCCUGAAUGCCGCGCCCGACGUUCGCCCCCCGACCCCUCCCGCAGAAGAAAUGGAGAUUGUGCGACCCAAGCCCACCAAGAUGAGGUUCCUGGACAAGAAGGAGAAGGCCCCGAAGGACCUGCAGAUGGGCGACGUCACGAUCCGUGUGUUGGAUGGAGAUGUAUCACGGAAGAAGUCGAAGACUGCGCUCCCCCCCAAGUCCUCGAAGAGCAGUCAGAACGCGAGACAAGCCUGGCUGAGUGCAGCUCGCAGUACGGCUAAGGUCAACGGGAUGAGAAGAACGGCUGGCGGUUCCUCGGGGUUUGUGCGCAAAUAGCAGGUCUUUGGCGCGCUUAACUCCGUCUCGUAGUAGGAUUUUUUAAUGAAAUCAAAAGUAUAUCCUGUAUUUAUUUCCUGUCUACAUGCUGGCUUCAGUUUGGGUCUCCAGCGAUGACUUUCGGGCGCUUUAUGUUUCUUAGCAGAGUCCAUCUCGAGUUCGAGGCUUUCGCAUCUUCAUGCAAGACAGAGUAUACGGAGGGUUUCUAGCCCUCUGACUCGGAAGUCUACCACAUGAGAAAUGCUCAAC